CGACCAAACAACGCACAGCUUCACCAGUGAUGAAACCAAAGUCACAACAACGAGGGGCAACAACAGCAACAAACACACAACAGAGACGACAACAGUCAAAUCAAUUCUCUUGAACAAACAAACAAAAUAAAUCGAAUCGAAUCGAAUCGAAGCGCUACGUUUCUAUUUCUAUGCAUAUGAGGACAACAUGAACGACUCUGGCUACGAGCAGUACUAUGGCGAUGAAGGAGAAGACGAGUUCUACGAGGAGACUGCGGCGGUAGCGCCACGCGGUGGCACGGCGGGACCGCGACGCAGUGUUCCAGAGGUGAUUCACGGACAAGUGCGAGUCCCGCCACCAACAGCUCUGCAGACUGCCAAACUUCAAGAAGAUCACAAUCAUGACCUUCUUAAUAAUAAGGACGGACAACACCAACAGCAAGCUACUAGUAGCAAUGCCAUUCCAACCACCAUGUCAGUCAACUAUCUAGGGAACCCCCAAGGAAACAUCUCCACCAACCGAAGUAGUCCCACUCCCAUCACCCCAUCUUCUUCUUCCUCUUCUUCUAGUACAUGUAGGGAUCAGGAUAUCAUCAGCCCCAGCUUGGUCACUGACAAUGAGGAUGUACAAGAUGAAGACAGUGAAGCUGAUAGAAAUCCUCGUGAUAUCACCAGCAGUGGCAUUCCAAAUCCAGAUUCAAGACCAGUGCCAAUGACACCACAAACCAACAGUUACUAUGCAAGUACAAGUGCCAAUACCAAUACCAAUACCAACACCUAUCAGGGUAGCCAACAACAGAAUGCUCCUAGUAGUACCAUUGCCACUACCAAUCCAUACAAUCACAUGUAUGGCUAUGGCCAUCAUCAUCACAACCCUACUGCCAACAGCAAUUUUUUAGCUGCUCCUGCAAACCCAUUCAGUCGCCAACAGCACAAUGACCAAAUAAUGGAAGAAGAAGAAGGACAAGAUUCCUUUAGCUCUAUACAACAACAGCACUUGCCCAUUUAUUUCAACAAUCACAGUACUUCACUGGGAUCCACACCAGCAGCAACAGCAGCACACGCCUUUGAUGAUUCCUUGAGAGCCAAUGAUCCUCUCGAUAGCAUCAGCACUCAUGGGGAACGAACGGUGGAUUCUACCACUGCAUCAACAGCAAGCCUGCUGGAAUCCAACCAAGGCUACAACCAGAACUAUCAUAAUGUCAACAAUAUCAACAACAGCAACAAUCACAGUUAUCAGCACCAAGAGACAUACAGUCACAACAACACACUGCUAGUUGAUCAAUCCGGAUGGAACUACCAGACACAACAACAACAACAACAACAACAACAACAAUACUCACAAACAAUAAGUGACACUCGCUAUGGUGGACAUUACCAUCAGGAAGCCACCUCAUACGAAACAAGUGAACCACAAGCUCGUCCCGGGUAUCCUGCCGACCAUAAUUAUAACCAGCAGCAGCAGUACCACAACAGCAGUCAAAAUCCCAGACAGCAUGAGGAGGGCAACUGGCGGCAACAGCAACACCAACAGCAACAGCAACAACAACCAGCAGCAAGUACAAGACCACGCUUACCAUCCACUGGUGACACCUGUCACCCUGCCGAUGUAACGAGGCCCGCAAUUUCGUACUCUGGAAGAGACGAUGCCUUGAUGAGUGACCGCAGCCAACCAGCAAAUGUCACGAGGCCUAGCUAUUUGUCGGGAAACGAUGUUGCCAUGAGUGACCGCAGUCAACCUGCACAUGUCACGCGGCCAGCAAUUAUGAGACUAACGCCGGAAAUGAGAUUGCCAUGA